GUCUAAUACAGCCGAAAAGGAACAAAAUAAGAGUGUAAUCUGUAUAGGCUUGUAGUAAAUUGAUACGUUGAUCCAGCUUUGAGCUGCUACGUUUCUUUAAUAUAGUGCUGGUUAAAAUGUGUUUUGGUGAACAGCAAUGGUAGGGUGCUUACGUGUCCUAUAAAGUACCUCGUAAAAUAAGGCCUCCAAAAACAUACUGUAUCGUUUUGGAUAACCGAGAAGGGGUUUUUCACAGCAGCAGUAGGUUGAGUUACUGUAAAAGAUGUUUUCCAUUCAGUCAUUCAUAUUUUCUGUCUCGCAGAUAACAGAUCUAAGUCAUAUCUUGAUCAUGCUUAGCUUUAAAACUAGAGGUUGUUAUAGAGGAGCGGGUGAGUAUUUAAUGACCAAAGGGAUUGAUUUAUCCUUUAUUGUUCAGCCUUUAUGAUCACGUGUGUCUGCUACCCAAUGGCAUGGCAGCCUGUCUCCCCAUUACUAGCCCACUGUAGUUCUCAGUGGGGCCAAGUUGCUACUUGAUUUCUCCACAUUGUUAUUUUGUGAGGCUGGGUUUACUGCGUGUGUAUGUGUGUGUUUGGUGUGUGUGUGCGCCGUUUUUACUUUUGCAUGUAUCUGUUGUACGACUGCGUACAUGUGAACGUAUAAUUUUUCUGCCAUGUCGACAUCCGGAACACUGACUAGUUACUACGUCGAUUCCCUCAUUCUGCCCGAGAGCGAGGAGCUCUCUGUGCCGAGAUACCCCUCCGGUCCCGGGCUCCAGCACUCCAGGCAGCCCGCCUCCAUCAGCGACCACAGCGAGCUUGGAACCUGCACCUUCCCGUCCAAACCUCCGGUAUUCGGGCCGUCAUGGAGCCACGUCCCUGCUCAGUUCCCGGGCACCGUCUCGUCUGUAUAUCAUCACCACUAUGGGCAUCCCCAAGGCCCGGUCGGUGCAGAUACAGAUGGUCGCUAUCAGUCGUGGCUGCUGGAGCCCAUGUCUGGUUCCCUGCCCAUGGCCGGAUUACCGACGACCCAUCACUACGGAAUCAAACCGGAGGGUCUGGGGACGCGAGCUGACGGCGCGCUGCCCGGCUCUCACACGGCGCUGCUGCUCUCCGAUUACGCCAACGGGACUGUGGCGACGGCAUCACCGGUGGAGAAGGACGCACUGUCCGGCCAGGCAGGGGACAUAAGCGGUGAAGGUGAAGAGAAACCGGGCCUCGAUCCAAAUAACCCAGUGUCCAACUGGCUCCACGCGAGUGCCACGAGAAAAAAGCGCUGUCCGUACACCAAGCACCAGAUCCUGGAGCUGGAGAAAGAGUUCCUCUUUAACACCUACCUGACCAGGGACCGUAGGUACGAGGUGGCGAGGCUGCUAAACCUCACCGAGAGACAGGUUAAAAUCUGGUUCCAGAACCGCAGGAUGAAGAUGAAGAAGUUUAAUAAAGACGGCGCACAGAAAGAGAGUGACUGAACCGUAGAUCCACAGUAUUUAGGCUGUUAGCGAGCUUUGUGUGUGGAAGCUCUUAACUCUGCUGGACCUUGUUUUUAAACUUCAUUGUCUUAUUGUUCUAUAUAACAGAAGCUAUUAGGCUUAUUUGUCUUGUAAAAAAAAGCAUGUUGGGCUUCAGUUUGAUGCGACUACCUUUAUAUUGCACAAUUUUAACGGUGCCCACUCGUUUUGUAUUUGUUCUUUUUUUCUUAUGUUGAUUUGAAUUAAUACCUCGUUAAAAGUGUAUUAGUUGGCCUGGUCCCUGUGCUUGUUUGUGUAUGGAUGUUUCUAGCUGUGUGUGUGUCCUGGUUUUGUAGCUAUAUUUGUUGUCUAUCUCAGAGUCACCUGAGCGUAUAGUUUGUAAAAUGUAUUAAUUUUUAUUGUUGUUUCUCCCUUCCUGCUUAGAACUAUGACUGAUGACCAUGAGUUUGAAUCUAACAUUGGAGCCGUAGAACACAGGCUGGUCGCAUUUUGAAGUAGGUGCAUAAACCUCAGAAACCUCUUGAAAAUGCUCAAACAGUAGGCCCUAAAUUAUAUUAUAGAAGCUAUAUUACAUGACACGAUUGACUACCUAUGUCUUUCAACUACCUACAAUAACCUUUGUCUCCGAUGGCGGAUUACAGUAGAUUUGCUUGCAUUAGAUGCUAUGAAUUUCAGGGAGUAACAUUACAUAUUGUUUGUUAGUGAGAGAAAAUUAAAUAAAAAAACACUGUAGGCUACUUAUUGAAUACCUCACGGUCUGCUGACCGUCUGACUUUUGGUUCACAAAUGUAAUUUGUACUUUAUUUAUUAAAUAAAACAAAUUAUAUCUGCGAAUGCAUGCACGUCAUACUCUUA